AUGAGUGAGGCCAACCCCAAUAAUAAUAAUACGCUUACACAUUAUAAUGACAAUAAUGUCAACGGUCCACCAAUAAAACAACAAUAUUCUGGACCCGAAGAACCGCUUCACCAUUAUGACAACAAUACUGAUAUUAAUGGAGAACCAAGAGCAAAACGUAGAUUGAGAAAUUUUCCUAUUCCACAAAUUCCUUCGACUCCACUUGCUAUUCCUACUAGCUUUGCGGAAGCCAGCUACAAAGUGUCAAAAAGUCUGGAGACUUUUCAAUGGGCACUUGAAGAUUUACAAAGAAUUUCUUUUUCUCCAUCCACUGCAAACCAUCAAGAUCCGUCAUCACCAUUGUCAUUCCCGACGGUGCCUUCAUCGUCGACGAUCGAAGUACCAGGGUCUUCACCUUCAAGAACUGUCCCGACGGGGCAACUAGCAACUCGUUCUAAUUCUCCAGACCCUGUUCCUCUAAUAAGAGUUGAACCAACAGUUACGUUUUUCGAUGAAAUAUCAAGAAGAUCUCUCACAAUAGUUGAUGAAAGACCAACUUCGCGAACUUCCUCACCCGAAAUAUUUGGCAGCUUUUUAUCUUCUUCAGCUCAGUCUCAUCAUCAAAAUAUAGUGUCUCCUUCGUUAUCUCCAGCAGAAAGUCGAUUCCCAAAUAUAAGUCUGAGGUUACUACAAUCUCCUGAAGUGGAACAUCAAUCGCCGUCCGCAUCUCAAAAUUCCACCAACAAUGAUCAGCAAAAAAAAAGAUUUGUGCCUACUCCCAGAGCCGUCGUCAUAGGUCAAGAUGGCCGCAUUUGGACUUUAGAAGCGCGAGUUAAACUAAUGGGCGAAUUUAUUAAUUACUUUCGCAAACGACAAGAAAAAAAUAGUAGAGUGAGCCAUACUACUAUAAGCGAAGAGUUGAAACGAUUGAUGGGUGAAGAACCAAAUGAUACCAGUUCAGGGGUGAGUUUGGAUCAUCUGAAAAGACGUAUAGGUAAAUAUUUGAGAAGACAACAUACGCCAUCUGAUCCUGCCGUCUUGCAAGCUAUCGUCGAUUGGGUACAACACGAGAAGGAAACUUGCAAUGCUAUCGAUCAUUUUGGAAUUUAA